UGCUAAGAAGGAGCGCGGCACCUCCCGGAGCGGUGUCCGUCUUUCCUCCUGUCGCUUUCCCCGGUGGGGCAUGGCCGCCGCCCGCACUCAACGCUCGUGACAGGCACCGGCAAGAAGAAGCGGCGGCGGAGGCGGAGGGCAGUGAGUUGGGAACGGCGAGGACGGGUCCGAGAGGUGAGCUGGGCUGUCGCGGGAAGGAGGAGGAAGAAGAGGAGGAGGGAGCCGCCGUGCCCGCCUCCGCGGGGAUCCGCGGCGGGGCUUAUUGUCCGGCUCCUCGGAGGAGGAGGGAAAGGAGGCUUAACCCCGGCUCGCACGCCGGGCCCUGGAGGGCUGCUGGCCGGGGAUUGGAGGCGUGCGGUCCCCUCCCAGAUCCGGGGAGGGUCCCGGCCCCCACCCGUCACCCCGCUGCGGGUCGGCUCCUCACGGAGCUGGGAGCUCCGCCGCCCACCUGUCGCCCGUUUCUUCACACGGACGCCGCGGGGAACGGGGCGCUGUCCCCCGCGGAUCGGGCUGGCGGCUCGGCAGCGCCCUCUCCCCCGUCAGUGGGUGCGGGGUCUUUGCAUGUGUGUAGGGCUACGGCACUGCCCGGGGCCCCGGGACAAGAUGGAGGGAUGCUGGCUGUGGAGCCAGCCCGGAGUGCGCCUCCAGUCAUUGAUUUCUCAGUCCGCUACCAGCGUGAGGGGCCUGAUGUGAGGAAAAGCAGCCCCUCUUUGGUGUCCAGAGAGGCCCCGGGGGAGUAGCCGCGGCCUGGGUUGUUUGUGUGUGUGCGUGGGCAGAGCCGCGUGGGUCGCCGGGCUCUGUGCCGCGGUGGGGCCUGAGGGAGGCCGGGGCGGCGGGGGCGGCGCGGCGGCUGUGGCUGCGAGAUACCGUGAGAUACCGCUAUCCAGCCAGCCCUUCCUGGAGCUGGGGCACCUUCUCGUGGCGGGGGGCCGAGCUACCGUGAGAAGAAGGGCAGGGCGGCACGACCCCGGCUGGAGGGACGUUACGGGGGAGUGCACUGCCUUGCCCUACAGUAGACAGAGCUCUGCUUCCGAGGAUGGACAACUAGGAAUGGUUAUUCAGUUGCCUUGGAGAUGAUCCUGCUGCUGUAAAUGUAGGUCCAAAAAUUGAUGGUGUGGGCAGUAUGGACCUAAUGAACGGGCAGUCCAGCAGUGUUAAUAUUGCAGCUACUGCUUCGGAGAAGAGUAGCAGCUCUGAAUCCUUGAGUGACAAAGGUUCAUCUGAGCUGAAGAAGAGCUUUGAUGCAGUGGUGUUUGAUGUUCUAAAGGUUACUCCAGAGGAAUAUGCGGGGCAGAUAACACUAAUGGAUGUCCCUGUAUUUAAAGCGAUUCAGCCAGAGGAGCUGGCAAGCUGUGGCUGGAAUAAAAAAGAGAAAUACAGUUCAGCACCAAAUGCUGUUGCUUUCACCAGAAGAUUCAACCACGUAAGCUUCUGGGUUGUUAGAGAGAUUCUGCAUGCACAAACCUUAAAAAUAAGAGCUGAGGUUUUGAGCCACUAUAUUAAAACUGCAAAGAAACUGUACGAGCUGAACAACCUGCAUGCUCUUAUGGCAGUUGUGUCAGGCCUACAGAGUGCUCCCAUCUUCAGGCUGACUAAAACGUGGGCGUUAUUGAGUCGGAAGGAUAAAGCCACGUUUGAUAAGCUGGAGUAUGUUAUGAGUAAAGAAGAUAACUACAAAAGGCUUAGAGACUAUAUCAGCAGUUUGAAGAUGACUCCUUGUAUUCCCUAUUUAGGUAUUUAUCUUUCAGACUUGACAUAUAUUGACUCUGCCUACCCAUCAACAGGGAGCAUUCUGGAAAGCGAGCAAAGAACAAAUCUAAUGAACAACAUCCUUCGAAUUAUCUCAGACUUACAGCAGUCGUGUGAAUAUGAUAUUCCUUUGUUGCCUCAUGUCCAAAAAUACCUAAACUCAGUUCAGUACAUAGAAGAACUGCAGAAGUUUGUAGAAGAUGACAAUUACAAACUUUCAUUAAAGAUAGAACCAGGGACCAGCACCCCCCACUCUGCUGCUUCCAGAGAAGAUUUAGUAGGCUCUGAAGUUGGAGCUUCUCCACAAAGUGGACGGAAAAAUGCUGCAGCGGAAGGAGCCUUGCUACCACCAACACCCCCUUCGCCUAGGAACCUGAUACCACAUGGGCACAGGAAAUGUCACAGCCUGGGAUACAAUUUCAUACACAAAAUGAAUACAGCUGAAUUCAAAAGCGCAACAUUCCCCAACGCAGGAUCAAGGCAUCUACUGGAUGACAGCGUCAUGGAGCCUCACGUCCCAUCCCGAGGCCAGGCAGAAAGCUCCACCCUUUCUAGUGGCAUUUCAAUAGGCAGCAGUGAUGGUUCUGAACUCAGUGAAGAGACUUCCUGGCCAGCAUUUGAAAGGAACAGGUUGUACCAUUCUCUCGGUCCGGGGACAAGAGUGUCACGAAAUGGCUAUCGAGGCCACGUGAAGGCCAGCAGCUCCCUAGAAUCUGAAGAUUUGGCUGUUCAUUUGUAUCCAGGGGCAGUUACUAUUCAGGGUGUUCUCAGAAGGAAGACUUUGUUGAAAGAAGGCAAAAAACCUACAGUAGCAUCUUGGACAAAGUACUGGGUAGCACUGUGUGGAACUCAGCUCUUCUACUACGCUGCAAAAUCUCUGAAGGCUACAGAGAGAAAACAUUUCAAAUCCACACCCAGUAAGAAUGUGUCAGUGGUGGGCUGGAUGGUGAUGAUGGCAGAUGACCCUGAGCAUCCAGAUCUCUUCCUGUUGACUGAUUCAGAAAAGGGAAAUUCAUACAAAUUUCAAGCUGGAAACAGAAUGAAUGCAAUGCUCUGGUUUAAACAUCUGAGUGCUGCCUGCCAAAGCAACAGACAACAGGUUCCUGCCAACUUGAUGACAUUCGAAUAAUAGGCUAAUUCUUAACAAACAAACAAAAAAGACCAAUUUGAAUCAUCUCAUAACUGAGAAGGAGGUCCUGAUGAAAACGUGCCAGCCACAUUCUGUGCCAGAACAGAGCCUGUCAACUCGAUCUCUGAACUCUGGAACCCUGAACAAAACCACUAAUGGUUGGGGAGCAGCCCCUCAAAUCAAAAAUGGAGUUCCAACAUGAAUUGCCAUGGACCAUGUUUUGUUGUGUUCUCUGAACUGACCUGUGGAAACCACUGCCUUAGAGUGAAAGGAAAACCAACAAGAAACACCAAAUAGUGUGUGUGAAACUUCUGGCGGUGCUGUGCUUGAGUUCCAUAGAUUGUAGCUAGUUUGAGUUUCUUUUAACUUUGUACUACUUUUGAGGAUAACUCACCUUUUUAGGCAUUCUUCAGAAAACAACUUAACUGGGCUGUAAGAGUGGUAUCAAAAGCUGUCUAUCAACUGGCUAAAAGAGGUACUACAUGUUCUAGAGAUGUUGUUUAGACUCUACCAGAAGUACUUGGUGGGAGUUUGUCCCAGGCACACUUAGCCUGGAGCAAUGUUAUCCCUCUCAGACCCACUGCGAGUUGAAAAUAGCGGUAGGCUUGCAAACUCUAGUACUGUAUGGGAGCCAUGUUCCCUGUGAGUGGCACAAAAGUUGAGCACUUACCAAAAAUGGGGUUUUUUUGGUACUUUGUUACCUAAUUCAUGGUUGAAAAGGUUUGUGUGUUUUGGGUGCUCAGUGUGUGCAUGGGGAAGAGGCAAAACUGAAAGCAUUUUUGGGGCACAGCUGUUCUCUUCCCAUUUGUUUCUACACCUGGCACUCUCCUCCGUACAAAGGUUGAAUGACAAAAGAACCAGCACCUGGGUAUAGCUACUGAGAUGUGUUACUUCUCUGGGUAGGUGUUCAUUAGCAGUUAGGGACCACCCUUAGUGUUUGGUGUUUCAUGCUAGCACUUAAGAUCUGUGUUUUUAAAAGACAGAGGCACAAUUUCAAGCUUUCAUGUUCUCAUUGGGCAAUAACUGAUUUCACCGUCUCCGAUCAAAGCGGCUGGCUUGUGUGGUAGUGCUGAUAUGGCCUGAGGCAGACCUUACAUACUCAGCUCUUUUGAUCUUCAGACAAAUAAUUUAUUAGAGGGUAGAAAAACCUAAGGGGAGAGAAGGUGUGAGACUAUCAAAAUCCCAUCCUUGGUCACUGAAAUUACUCACAGAGAGGAACACAGUGGCUGUAAAAAGGGAGCCGUGCUUUAUAUGUGUGUUUUACGCUUAAGACUGAGUCUCGCUUUAUUUGGGUUUCCUUGCCAUCACCUAGCUAUAGUUUCCUGGGUGAUUAGUCUCCAAAAAUGUCUUUGUAAAGCAAGGAAACGUUGUCCAAAAUAUGACUCCAAUAUCAGAACUUGGACGUCUGUGAUAAAGUAGUAACUGUUGCAUUGACUUUGUGGUUUAGUGGCCGCAAAUACACUUGCAGAUUCCACCAUUGAAUACUCCUUCAAAAGAAACAAGCUACCUACCAGUCUAUCUAAUAAAGGUUUCUACUAAUAGUUGUUAUUUUGAAGAUGUACAGUUUGUUUAUUGCAUCUGAGUAGAAGCCUAUAAAUCCACUUUUUUACUUGAUUCCCCCCCACCCCCAGAGUCAAAUUAAUCUCUUGAUGGAAAUGACUGAUUUCUGAGGGGCAAAAAAAGAUAAUCCAAUAUCACAGUGGAAAAAACCAAACAAACAAACAAAAAACAACAACCCAAAUCAAACCACAAACCUCUGAACCGCUUGGUGAUGCAGAGUUAAAGGGCAAUAGGCUUUGUUUUUAUUCCCAAGAAUUGUUCUUGUGAAUUGGCUCUUGUUAGAAAAACAGUAGAAAGAUGCUUCGUCAGACUUACACCACAAACUCGGUGGGAAUUUGUCUCCCCAUUCGAUUUCCUUUUGUUAUUGUGGUGGGGAAUGAAUAGUCUGUUCUGAUCCUGAAGUCAUGUGUUUCAGGAAGGGCUUGCUUGUGCUGAAAGCCUCUGAAAUUCAUGGGUCUCCCAAGCUUACCCACGUUGGGUGUCUAGUAGAGACAACAUCUUCAUAGCCAGCAGUGUUACUGGAGUAGACUUUGCACAACUUUAGUUUUGUUAGGUUGUUGGUUUGGGGGUUCUUUUCUUUUCAUGACAGAGUGACUUAAUGUCUGUUUCUUCUCAACAGCUAAGUGUUUUUUUAACAGUGUGUGUACUUUUUUAAGCAUUGUGGAUAAUAACCUGUGGAUGUUGAUUUUUCAAUGAGCUAUUCUAGGUUCGUUGCAGCAUAACUGUAUCUGUUCUUCUGUUAGUGAAAAGCAACAUGCAAGUGGGAGCCACAGCCAGACAUCACACAGCUUUGCUAAGGACAGAGCCAGGUCAGAAGGUGUCAUUUAUCAUUAGGGGUUGGGGUUUUUUGUGUUUUCCCAGCUGUUUUGAAUUAGAGUUUUAUGGUGGGGAAAACAGUUCACAAAUCAUUCAGUGAAUUGUUGCUGUUACCAACUUUUAAUUGUUCUCAGGCCUCCUACUCUUUCUUCCCUCAGAUGGGCAGGGUUUUGUGGGAGAAAUUGAAUGUUGUGGGAGGACCUUCUUAAAAUGUGUAGCCAAACUUAACUGGAGUGAUUAAUGACAACACAAAAGACAUUAUUUGCACUUGUUACAAAGAGUAGCUCAAUACUUUGCUGUUGUCUGUCUCUUGUUUAGCCACAUCAUCAUAGGAGGCAGCACAGAGAAACACUGAAAUGUGACAUAUUUUGAGAUACAUGGUGCUCAGAAAGAGGUAGUAAUUUUGCUCCCUGAGGGAAGGCUGCUUCAGCUAAGCACUGGAAUGACUCAGACAAGUCAAAUACUCUGUGAAGAAUGUAGUAAUGCCUUUUUGAGAAGAAAAAGGAGUUUAAAAACUAAGUAAUUCAGACCAGUGCUGAGAAAACAAGGACAGGAAUGAGCUCAUGGUGUUCAGGUAAGGCUGUCAUUCAGACUGUCAUCCAAACAGCAGUUUCCCUCUGAUUUUCAUUUUUGAUGCGUUUCCCUGGUUCUUUAUCUUGUUAACAACUGCUGAAGUGCUUCAGCUAACGUUUGUCACUUUAUUCCUUACUCUUUUGAUUUUGAAGCAAGAUGCCACUUAAAGCCUGCUGUUUGGGAGGAAUAUGAGCAAAAAGUAUUCAGAGUAAAUCUUCACAGCAAGACUUCAGGUGGAAGUGUUAACCACCUGCUGACUGCUCACCACUUUGUUAGCUAAACAGAGCAGUCUUGGGAAGGACUGAACACCAGGGAAUGUCUGUCUGAGGAAACUGGUGCAGUGCCUUAGAAAUACCUAGCAGUGCACUAGCUGUUGAACACUUACUGCUCACUUGUAUCUCUUUCUAACUGAAUCCAUACCACUGGGUCUUUCAAACCUGGCUGCUAUUGCAGUGUUCUUAGAAAGCAGAUGAGGAGAUGUGGUUUUGAACAACUGAUUAUUUGAGUAAACAGAGCUCAUCCCAGCCACAUACUUGAUUUUGCAGCCGUUUCACGCCAGAGGAAUAGCACUUGGGCCAUUAUGAUUCAUGCAAGUUAUAGGGAUUAAAACUGCAAAUACCAAAUGCCCUUAAAUACUUCACAGAUUAGCUUUAGCACCCAGCUUUAAACCUGUUGCUCUUACCCCUUUUAAAUUGCUGUGAAAAUCAUCCCUGCUUGAGAAAGAUCAGAAAAGGAAAAUAGUGCAGUGGCAUAGUUUGUCAGCUCUGUAGCUGGAGUAUUUAGCAGAUCCCCUAAGUUACACUGAUGUUUGAGCCUCUUGAUUGAGGAAUCACUGUCUCUUCUGAGGAGUCAACUGAUAAACCUUCUUCCUUAAAACACAACUUUAACCAAGAAAAGCAUUUUGUAGCAAUGUGCCUAUUGGAAAACAUAUUGGCAGCAAAUCCCACGAACCCAAGCAACCAAACCAACCAACAACAAAAGCACAGCAGGAUUUUUUUUCCAUUAUUUUUUCCUCACUGAAAAUCUUACCUAAUUUUUCUUACAAUAUCAGCCUCCUCUGUUUAUGUUUAGACACCUUCAACACUAAUCUUCCUCUGUUAGUACUGGACAUAAAAUAUGUUAAAAAGAAAUGCCUUUUCCAGCAGAAGCAAUUGCAGAUUUUUGUGCUGCUAAGGCACUGGAGGUGCUGAGGUCUCUUCUCAUAAAAGCUACAUUGACCUUGUGGUUGUGGUUACCUGUAGUGAAUCAUGUCCAAAUCAAGAUGACUCAUGGGAUGGUAACCUCUUCUGGCUCUCUCAGUGGCUUUUUUCCCUUCGUUCAAUGUCCUUUUUAGGACAUUCAUUGUUGGACUACUGUCCAACCUCAAUAGUUCCAAUCUUUACCAUGGCUGGCUGUAGUUUGCUGCCUUUUGCAAGCAUCAAGACACUAGGGCUGGUUGUAAGUCACAGCAGUUAAUUCCUUACUCUACCUGCAAGGACAAGGUUUUGAAGUUUUGCUGUUACUUAAAUAGCUUUGUUUUUCUCCUUGACUUUUUCUCUACAAGGAGCUUGUGCAUAAGGUGAUUUGGCUUGAGGAAGUUGACAUUGCAAGGAUCUGUGCCAGUGGGCAUGGAAUUUAUUUGUAGGGCUUAUUUUUUUUUUUACAAACCAUUGUUCUCAUUUGUACUGCAUCAAGAGGGUGAGUGUUAGAUUUAAGGAAGACUUUUGUCAGUGCCUUAUUAUUAACUUGAAGACCAACUCCUUUCAUUCGGUGCUGAGAGUAGCACAGUGGCAGACUUGCAUGCUCUGUCCUUGAGGAACCAAGGGGUAACAUUCUGUACAGCCAUUGCAUUUCUGCAGAAGUUAGUUGUUUUGCUCAAUGUAAAAUAGUUGUGGCUUGAGCUGCUUUAGUGUUGACUUUGGGGUUUUUUUCUUCUGUAUUGGAGUAGUCUGUCUCUUUUCAGGAAAAACACAGAGGUAUUUGGUAGCUUGGAUUUGUUCAGCUUUCUCAGAAAUGGCUCAGACUCCCUCAGAACUGUUUUUCUUUUGGUAUGUCUCUAAAUAGACUUAGCAGGGAGAAAGAUAUAGAGAAGGGUAGACCAAGUCAUGGUCUAGACCACAUGAACUUAAGAUCUCACAUUAGUUAGAAAGGAGCUUGCUUUUCUUUCUCCCAUUCUGAUUGAAACAUUGAAGAACAUUCUUAGGAGAAGAUUUUCCUCACAAGUUUUUGUUACUGUAGAAUACACACUAUAGGAAAAUAAAAGACCACAACCAACCUGCCUGGGGAAAGAGAAGGCUUGGAUAAAUCUUGCUCUUUCUUAAUAUCCUGUAAGCUCAGUUUUGUAUGUUGUAUUUCUAGUACCAACACUACGUAGAAAGCACUAUCCUUCACUGAAACAACUGCUGGAGAUCAUUUUGGCAGCAAGACUUUAUAAGCUUUGGACAGGGAAAUGAAAGAAAGACUGUGUUGUUCUUAAGCAAUUAAAUAUUUGUUUUCCUGGAGCACAUCCUUAUAAAAACAUAGCAGGUUUAAAAUGGUGGUUAGAAAUUCAGAUGCUGGAAAAGGAAGGAUAACUGGGAAACUCGACCUGUUCUUUCAAAGAAUCUUCAAAGACAAUAGGAGUUCAAAGGAGGAAGGAUGCAUUCUUUGGUUUAGACGUGCCUGCAGCAGAAGAAAUCUGAUGAGUUUUCCUGAAGUUGCAAAAAGGGGUAUGAGAUGUCAUGAAAUGCAAGUUCCUGCUGACCCUGGCACAGUCCUGGCUCUGAGCCUGAUUCCUGCUCUUGAGUGACUAAAAAGCAUUGUAAAUAUUCUGUUUCCUUUGUGUGUUUGGUUACUUAAUUAUUGCUCUUUAUUUGGGUAGGUUGCAGCCUUCACAUGUUCCCUGAAGGUGUUUUUCACCAUUCCAAAGCUGUUUGCAGGUGGAACUGAAAAGCAGUAUGAAUCUGUUAAAUGUUGAAAUAAAGGGUCCUAGGAUGCUUUGUUUGAAGGCGUUUCUCUAGCUCUUGGUGCACAUCCAUUCAAACAGUGCUCUAGUGAAGUGUGAAAAGCGUCAGGAAUCAUAGCCCUGCUUCAUAACACCCCUGUGAGGGCCAGCCAUCACUGGAAGGGGGAAUCCAGGUUGUCGUGCAGUAAGCGCAAGCCAUUGUGAAUAUUCCCUGCUGGUGUGAGGCGCUGUGGGGUAGAGGGAUUGCACUAUGAUCUCUCAGAGUGAUGUGCAGCUUGGCUGUCCUCUAGCCCUUGCCUUCAACUUUUUAAAGACUUUAUUCUCUGUGUGUGUGUGUGAAAAUUGUGUGUUUGCAUAAGGUAAUUGAAAUGAAUUUAAGGACAGGUUGAAAACAAACAAAAUCUUUCCUACUGAAAUAAAACAUUUAAAAGGUG